UUUGGGUUGCUUGGUGGGUUGAGCCGCCUUUCGAUACGGAGUAUUGACCGAAUUGAAAAGUUUCCGAGUUGGAAUUUUCUCAUCUCUCACUCUGUCAAUCAUAGGCAGCUCCUUUCCUCGUGUGUGUAUGGGCACAUGUAAAACUGAUGGAACUGACGAGACGGACGGAAGAAAGGCGACACACGAAAGGGACGACUUUGGACAAUGAGGCACAUUCAUACAGUGUGAAUUCCUUCCAACAGUACUCGUGGCUAAUAAGGGUCAACAAACUCCGUUUUUUGAACUAUUUUAAAUGCAUACUUUUUGUGUAUUGUAUACAAAAUCUAAACGGGAUUACUAGCAUCAACUGUGGUUACACGGUGCAAGUAGUGGUUAAAAUUAAUUGUGAAAUUAAUAAUUUUAAAGGUUUAGGCUUCCUUGUCAAAGAAUAGCGUAGACAUAAUUAGAAUUUUACAACACGCUAUAUGCAUACAUAUAUUUAGUUAUGCACAAUAUGUACAUUUAUGCAGUUAUGCCGUGAAACCCACCUACAACAUAUAAAGAAUAGAGUACCGUAAAUAUCCACCUUCUUCCGAGUGAAAGUACUGCAUGAUGUACAUAUGCAGGUGACUUUAUUGAACAUCAUCCAUUGUCAAUAGAAAUAGUGUGAUUUUUGAAUAUGUCCAUUUUUGGAAUCUGUUUUAUCCUAAAAGGGUUAAACACACUCAAAAACAUGGUUUCAAAAGUCCUUAAAAAGGCACCUGGUCUGCACCGCACGGUUUAUAAUCCUCGAGACUACAGACAGUGCAGGCAGGCAGCAGUCAAGAAUUUUAAUUAUCUACUCAAAAUUAGCUACAUCGUUUGACUACUUUUAAAGUUUGUCUAAACUAAAAACCUCAAAUCUAAAUCUAAAAUGAUUUGCAAGUAUUUCAAUCCCGUUCUCCUGAUUAUUGCGGUUACCAUUUCCCAAGUAUUUUGCGACACCCGAGAAUUAUACCAACCCCAGCCUCCCCAGAACUUGCGUGAAAUCCCGACGGGCUCAGCCAUUGACAACUAUUAUGAACCACGACCAUCGAAUACGGGUGCCCUUGCCACUCCCAGAACUUUCUUGUGGUACCCUUUCGAGUUCCUGACUUUGGAAUCCUUGAUUCCACCUGCAUUCACUUUCCUUGGGGUCAUCGUCGGACUUUGCGGGUUUUUCCAGCUUAGCAACUGGUUCCUGGAACUCGUUUCGCAAAUCAAUCAAAGUAAGAAGACAGAAACUGAAGGGAAAAAAACACUGGAAGUUGAAGAAACUAAUGAGAUUGAGGCGAGACGGAAACGGAUGCUGGCGGCCGAGGAGACUGGACGAAUCCUACGAACCAUUGAGGAGGCAGAGAAAAAAUUUAACGACUAAUCUUGGACAGCUAAAAUAUUCUGAUAUGUUUAUGCAGCGAAGUUAUAACAUGUAUGUAUAUACAACGAUUUUUCUCAUUGGUGGUAUGUAUGAAACUCAGGUGCUAUUUGACAAAUACAUAAUAAAUUCAUGUGGUUUUAAGUUUCACAAAA